UCUGGUUCCUGGAGUGGAGCUGCGGUGGUUAAAGGGCGGACAGUCCGCGGGUUUAUCAGUAAAAUCCCGGGAGGUUUACUGCGCUCAGCUCACUGAUACAUCAUUAAAGAAGAGUCGCACAGGAAGAGGAAAGAGUUGCAUCAGUUGCGUCUCCGUGCUCUGUGUCAUGUUCCUUCUGCGUUGUUAUGGAUCAUGUAAACGGCGACGUUGAGUCCUGCUCUGUGCUGGUGUACCGACUGGAGAGGCCCGUGUUCAGUGAGGAACACCUCGACACCCAACUGCAUAAGAAAGAACGGACCCUGAAACCUGUUGGACAGAGACUCGCUGAACACUGCCGCUGUUCAUCUGAAAGAGCCAAAUCCACCAUCUUCGGCCUUCUUCCCAUCUUAUCAUGGCUGCCGUCGUAUCCAGUGAAGGAUUAUCUGUUCGGAGACAUCGUUUCAGGCCUUAGCACAGGAGUCAUGCAGCUGCCUCAAGGUCUUGCCUAUGCGAUGUUAGCUGCUGUUCCUCCAGUCUAUGGCCUGUACUCAUCGUUCUAUCCUGUUGUUCUCUACACGUUCUUCGGCACCUCCAGACACAUAUCAAUAGGCACGUUUGCGGUGAUCAGUCUGAUGGUUGGAAGCGUGGUGGUGAGAGAGGCUCCAGACUCCAUGUUUCCCCUGAACGGGACAAAUGGGACGGAGCUGAUCGACGUGGCAACUCGAGACGCCAGGAGGGUGCAGGUGGCCGUGGCGCUCACCGCACUCAUGGGAAUGAUUCAGCUGCUGCUCGGUGUGCUGAGGUUCGGUUUCGUGGCGAUUUAUCUGACCGAGCCGUUGGUGCGAGGCUUCACCACCGCUGCUGCGUUGCACGUCUUGGUCUCUCAGCUGAAAUACUUUUUGGGGGUUAAAACCCAGCGCUACGGCGGGCCGUUAUCUGUUGUCUACAGUCUCAUCGGUGUGUUUCAACACAUCGGCAGCACUAACGUCAGCACGCUCACCGUGGGAUUGGUGUGUAUCGUCUUCCUCUAUGGCGUGAAGGACAUUAACGAGCGUUUCAAAAACAAGCUGCCCAUCCCCAUUCCUGGAGAGAUCAUCGUGGUGAUGGUCUCGACAGGAAUCUCCUAUGGCAUGGCUCUAUGUGAGAAGUACCAGGUGGACGUUGUGGGAGAAAUCCCGAAAGGACUCCAAGCACCGGCUCUUCCAGAUUUCAGUCUCCUCCCCACCCUGAUCACAGACGCUGUAGCUUUGGCGGUGGUGGGAUUCUCCAUGGGGAUCUCCCUGGCGAAAAUAUUCGCUCUCAAAUACGGCUACAGUGUGGACGGAAACCAGGAGCUGAUUGCACUCGGCUUGUGUAACUCUGUCAGUUCUGCUUUCCACACCUUCGCCGUCACCUGCUCGAUGUCUCGCAGUUUAGUGCAGGAGAGCACGGGUGGAAAGACUCAGAUUGCAGGGUUGUUGGCCUCCUUACUGGUCCUUGUGGUUGUCUUGGCAGUCGGGUUUUUGUUCCAGUCUUUACCGCAGACCGUAUUGGCUGCGAUCAUCAUGGUCAAUCUGCUGGGCAUGUUCAAACAGUUUCGGGACAUCCCUGCUUUAUGGAGAACCAGCAGGACUGAACUGGUGAUUUGGGUGGUGGCCUUUGUGGCAUCCGUGCUGCUGGGGUUGGAUUAUGGACUCCUGGUGGCUGUGACGUUUGCUGUCCUCACGGUCAUCUACAGAACACAAAGUCCUAAAAGUGUUAUUCUUGGACAAAUCUCCAACACUGGACUUUACUUCGACAUUGAGGAAUAUGAAGAGGCUACAGAAUGUUCAGGAAUUAAGAUUUUCCACUCCAAUUCUUCAAUCUACUUUGCAAACUGUGACCAGUAUGUGAGCACACUCAAGGAAAAGACGGGUGUCGAUCCGGCACAGCUUCUGGCCAAAAGGAAAUGGCAACAGAAGCAGCUAAGAAAGAGUCGAGACAAGGAACCCUCACAGCACGGCUCUGAGCAAAAGAAAGCACUCGUUAAACUGAAUGUGGAGUCGGGUGUGAGUCAUGAAGUGGUGGACGAAGCGCAAACUCGAGUGGAGUUUCACGUUAAUGGACAAAUCGCUGAGGCAGAGUCUGACUCUGAGGAGGAGCGCGUCCUCCAGUUGCUGUGUCCCGUCCACUCCAUCAUCCUGGACCUGAGUUCGGUCAACUUCAUGGACUCUGUCGGAGCCAAAGCUAUUAAAUCAGUUAUUAAGGAGUUUGCAGCCAUAGAUGUGAAAAUUGUGCUUGCUGGAUGUAACCGAACUCUGCUGUCUGAUCUCAGGACUCUGCAGUUCUUCAGUUCCCCUGUGACCCUGGACAUGGUCUUCCCCACCGUCCAUGAUGCUGUACUGCACUGCCAACACACGAGGGCGCUCUCCUCCUGCCCUGCCAGCCAGUGAGCACACAGGAACCACACUUCUGGAAUGCUGAGUGUUGGAAGUGUGGAAUGAGGGAGUUUUGAGUAUAAAAGCAUUUUGAAACAAAAAAGCAAUGAGACAGUAAUCAGUCAGACCUGUAACACGUCCUGCCUUUAAACUCACAUGUUUGCGUGAAGAUAAUGUGAGGAAAACGCAUUCUUUAGGAACAUGAUACUGUACACACACACCCCGUACGUUUGGGCUUGUAUACCUCUUUAGCAAUAUUUUAUUUUUCCUAAGGAAGAAAAAAAAAACCCACAAUGGUUUGUGUUUUCACCCUUGAUUAUUUACCCCCCGGCAGAAGCUUUAAAUGCACUACUGGCUUUAUAUUUCCUGUGGCAUUUUUAAUUAAUUUAAAAAAAUUGAUAUGAACUGGAAAAAAAAUUAUAAAUUGUGAGAUUUCUUUUGGUAACAUUUUAUUCAAACGAUUUAAAAUGUCACCAAAACAAAUAGUAUUAAUAAAUUAUAGAUGAUUACAGUCACCAAAACACAAAUAAUGACUUUUAUAAUUAAGCAAAUGAGUAAUUCAGUAAUAUCACACUUUUCAUUGACAAGAGGCAUUUAUUUACAUCCCGACCAAUCAAUCAAUCAGAUCACACGUUUGCAGACAAAUGGAGAAAAACAAACCUGCUGUAAAGUGCCAGUGUGUGAAUAUGAGGUCGACACCAGACUGAAACACUUUAUUUAUCUGCGUUACUGGGAAUAAUAAAGCUGGACUGAAUUAAUUAGCAGGUAUGAGUGUUGCUAUGGUUACAGUGAGUGGUGGUUUGUGUUACUGGUGACAUUGUGAUGAAGCUGUUACAGGUUUAGUAUUUCAACUAUAAAUUGUGAAAGAUCAAAUGUAGGAGUAAGACGCUUCACCGUGUGUCAGUUUUGUAUUUGGUGUUGAUUUAUAAUCCAGAGAACGGCUUUGAGACUGAAUAUUAAACUAAAUGCUGCUGUUGACUUCACCCACAGCCUCGGUCUGAAGUUCCACAACUUGUUUCUUGAACAUGUAAAAAUAUUCUGCUGAAUGUUUUUAAAGUGUGUGUGUGUGUGUGUGUGUGAGAGAGAGAGAGAAGCUGGAUAUGAAACACUGUUAGAGAAAUUUAAAACCGAAGCUUUUUGAGAUAUUUUGUUGAAUAAAAGAAAUUUAAGAUCUGAAA